AAAUUUUUAGAUUUUCAGUUCGAGUAUCAUUUUUAAUAUGUCAUCAUUCGGGCUUACAAGAAUUGCAAUCUAUGUUCUAUUAUUAUUUUCGAUAGCGCGGAACAUACACGGAGCUCCUUGCAAAACUCUCUGUGCGAGGCUGAACAUUGAUGGAUGUAAGAGUCAUUGUAAAAUACAGAAGGGUUACAAACUAAACGAUAAAUGUUGGAGCGAUUGUACUGAGCCAAGCUUUGAAUGGUUGAAUAAGCAGGAAUCACUAGUUGAAUGCGUUGGCAAAUGUUCUAGUCCAAUAGACAGAGGUGGAACUAAUGGAAGGAAAUUAAAGAAUAAAGGGCCAAAGGGAACUGGAUAUGGUCCAUGCCAAAAAAUAUGUAAAAGAUUUAAAGUUAAAAAAUGUAAAAAUGUAUGCGAGAUAAAAAAGGGAUUUUCCAUUGAUUCCUCAUGCUGGAAAACAUGUUUGGCAGAGUUUGAUGGUCCGGAAAAGAUAAUCUUACAACCCUGCAUGACAAAGUGUCACGUUAAAGCUACCUCGUGUCCCCCUAAAUCAGACCCUCGAUAUGGAGGCAACCCUGCGACUAAAUGUUGUAUAGGAGAUCUAUGGCACACGCCUGGUUUAGGAAAUCAGUACUCGUGUCAGCACACAGGAUUUCCAACAAUUCUUACGAAAAAAUGUAACAAAGAUGAAGUCUUUAAAGUUUUUGCCUUCAAUGAUUGUCGUUGCGUGAAGCCAACAACUAAGUGUACUUGGGAUGUUUGGUCUAAUUGGUCUCCAUGGCAAUGCGGCCAAUGUAACAAACAAAAGCCGUGUGGAGGACCACCAAAGAUUCCACUCACUUGUUCAAGAUUUCGUUAUCGCAAUCGAAGUAGUUAUAACUGUCCAAAGCCCAGCACUGAAAAAGAAUCUCAAACAAGAAACGAUGGAUCGUCCACCUGUGAUUCAAUUCCAUGCUGCAGAUGGGGAGUGUGGAGCCGAUGGCAACUCGGGGCUUGCUCUAAGAGUUGUGGUACGGGAAACAUAUAUAAGUCCAGGAGAAGAAUCAAACUGUUUGUUGGUACUGGGAUAUCAGCAACAUGUAUCGGGGAAACAAUAGAGAGUCUACCUACUUCCGAACGGUGUAAUACUCAACAAUGUGCAGCUGGCUGCAAAUGGGGUACAUGGAGUCGAUGGCAACUCGGGGCUUGUUCUAAGACUUGCGGUACAGGAACUAGGUAUCAGUUAAGGAGAAGAAUUAGACUUUAUGGAACGUGCAUCGGAGACACAAUUGAAAACAUUCCCACCUCCGAGAGGUGCAAUACUCAAGAAUGCCCAACAGGCUGUAGGUGGAGCACGUGGGGCCCUUGGGCACAACAAGGCCGUUGCUCGGUGACAUGUGGUUCUGGGCUACGACAGAAAACUCGCUCAAGAACCAAACUACAAGCUCCAGUUGGGUAUACGUGUGAGGGAAGUUCAAAUCAGUCAGACCAGGAAACAUGCUACAACAAGGAGUGUCCGCAUUGUACUUGGGGUAUGUGGAGUCAAUGGGUGUACAGCAAAUGCGAUAAAACUUGUGGACCUGGUUUUUUGAUUAAAUCUCGAAGACGACCUCAAACAUCUUCCCCUGGUGGUGAGCACCUGUGCUCAGGCAAUUCCAUUGAAACGAGUUCACUUUCUUGUAACGUACGUGAAUGUCCCUAUUGUUCAUGGAAUAACUGGGGUGCUUGGUCCGCUGGAGGCUGCAGUACUACGUGUGGUCCUGGCAACAUGUCCAAAACCCGUACACGAACGCACUCAUAUUCCUCAAUAGCAGCUGCGUACAUGUGUGAAGGGAAUUCUUUUGAAACUGUCAGAAGUGGUUGUAAUGUACGAAUUUGCCCAGAUUGUAGAAUCUGGGGCGAGUGGACAGAUUGGAGCUUUAGCCCAUGUAAAGGGUAUACAAAUAUAGACACGGGUUCAAUCGGAGGUGUAAUCGAUGGGCCAUGCGCGAUUACUGGUUUACAGGCUUGUAAUCGAGCAAGAGUGUGUUCUCCCUGUCAAUACAGGAAAAGGCGAGAAGCGAAAGGUGAUAUCGUGCGAGAUGCGGCAGGUGUGGGUGUUGAGCGUAGCAAGAGGACUUAUGGAGAUCAUGACACACAACCAAACACAUGCAUCGGUGAUUCAGCUCAGGAGAAGAUUCAACAGUGUUGCUUGCUGCAACACCAUUAUUGUUCGUGGGCCGAAUGGAGCCUGUGGUCACAUGGAGCAUGUAGUAAAACAUGCGGUUCUGGCUUUGUGGUGAAAACGCGCAAUCGGACGUACGCUUCCAUUUCAAAAGGAGGCGAGCAUAUGUGCCAAGGGAGUUCAAUUGAAACCCAUUCCACUAUUUGUAACACACAAAUGUGUCAAG